AUGCUCGCCGUCAACAGACCAUGGCAGCUCUGGCGACGCCGUGUCUUGCCAAGAUGCAUGCGCCGCGGCCUUGGUGGCAGCCUGCCGAGCCGCCGGCCUGGGCGAUGGCUGCCUCGGACCCGCUCUGUCAGCGGUGCUGGAGCUGCUGCAGACGUGCCUGACCCGCCCCGGGGCCAGCCUGAGCUCCAGCACUGCAAGCCUGCUGAGCGGCGCAGCGCUGGAGCUGCUGGACCCAGCAAACGCAGGGCUGCUGGAGUCCACGGGCGCCCCCCUCAAAGCAGCCCCGGCUGCCGGCUCCUCCCCAAGGCCUGUCACACAGAAACUCAGUAG